CGGAGCGUGACGAAAACAAAGAUGACGGACCUUGUAUAGAAAAGGAUGAAGACCAUCUGACUGUGACCUCACCAUCAUACAUCCAGCUGUUUGCACGAACACUUUUUUAUAUGAUGCUGGUGUAAACCUUUUCCUAAUUUACACAGGAUUUAAUCUAUUGAAUGAUUAAAGACAAUCUACAAUGGUGGGUUGUAAUCCUGCAAGCUGCAGUUCUAUGUAAGUUAUCUAAAAGUGGGUGUCAUUUUGGCUGUUUUCCCUUGUGGGCAUGCCAACAUGUUCCCUGGAAUCCAGCCCUGUUUCCAGCUGUUGAGAAUUGGAUCAUCGAGUAUUGUAAACAGCCAUGGCAAUGCUGUAUCAGACUCUGCUCAUGACCUGUACACUUUUCGGCCAGCACUUGUGCACUCUGUGUUCAGAUUGGGUAGGCUGGCAGAGUUGUGCGACAUUACCCUGGACUCAGCAACUGUUUCACAUGUACAUGCUGAGCUGCAUGCUGAAAAACAGACUGACACUGCAGGAGAGGAGAGCUGGAAGGUCCAAGUGAGGGACCGGAGCAGCUAUGGUACGUGGGUGAAUGAUGUUCGUAUCCAGUCAGGUGUCUUGUUGGAGAUAUUUGAUGGUGAUACGCUGACCUUUGGUGGCCAAACAGUGCAAGGGAGCCCAGAGUUCUACUUCCUUUUCCAGAAGGUCAGGGUCAGUCCACAGGAAUUUGAUGCCAUAACUGUCCCAAAGGCAAGCUCUUUCUCGUCCAAUAUCAAUAACCGGAUCAGAACAAGCCUGGACUGCAAACAAGAGCCUGGCCUUGACAUUUCUAAGUUGUCCAUCAACAAAGCCACAGUCAUUCUCUCAACCAUCUCAACCAUUGGCAGCCUUAGUAAGAUCAAUGGCAGUUGCUGGACCUUCAAGAAGAAUGACAAAACCACUGGCUUAAAUUCAGCCGACACGCCUUCAUUUCAAACUUUGGUGCCACCUUCAACUCCUCCUUCUCUUUCUGAUGGUUGAGAGACUGUGAAGUUCAUCCCACCAUCAUCCAAGAGUCGACGCAAAUCAGCCCACACUGUGCUUUUGGAAGAUGACAGUGUGGAGGACCAUGAUGGCUGCAGGACUGGGUUGGAGGAAGCAUGGAAAGCCAAAGCUGGGAAGAGACGACGUUUGUACGAGUCGGAGAUUUUCCAGUCUUCUCUGUCCAACAUGGAGUUAAGUAUGAGGCCGCAAUUUGACACCAAGCUGGUCAUGCCCAAACAAAAUGCAGUCAUUUUCAAUCAGCUGAGCAAUGGGAAACUCGAUCAUCCUCCUUUCACCUUGAUCCUGAAGCGCAAGAGUGAAAGUACAAGCCAUAACAGCAACAGAAGCGGCAACAGAAGUGUUGCUCUUCAGCUCCCUGUGGCAGGAGAAGGGCGAACAGCACUCCUUUAUGCUCUUCACUGGUCAUUGGAGGUGACAAUUAUCAGCUGGCCACUUCCCCAGCACAGCCAGCCAAAGCGCUGAGGGGACAUGCUGCACGGUUCCAUGCCACAACCACCAGGUACCUCAGUUUGCUGACUUAAAACUGUUUUUGUGCUCCUCUUUUAUAAAUGUCUGUGAUCAUCUUGCAUGCAAGGAAUACUUAUUUUAGAAACCCUAAUUUUGUUCAGCUGAGCUUGGAAAAAACAUUUCAGAUGCUGAUUCAGCAAUUCAGUAUAUUUCAGUCUUUGGUUCAUACUUCACUUUUCAUUUUACAUACAAAACUGAGUUUAAAGAUGUUCAACAACUUUUUCCUUGUAAUUUUAAAUAAUUAACUCUUGAGAUGCAGCAGAACAAAAGAAUAGAGCAACACGGUGGAGAUGGAGGAGUUACUAUUGCUUUAUCCUUCUGGUUGUGUGUGGAAAAACAUUUAAAUUGGCCUCUCUUUCAUGACAGAUCCAAAUGGUUCAGCUUGAUAAAUAGAUAGAAUAAAUAGAUAGAAUAGCUUUAACUUGGUAUUCACACUUUUUGUCUCAAAAUUCAAAGUAAGUAACAGAAGGAUAGACGGGGAUGAUUUUUUAAAAAAAUAAGCUAGGCCACACAUGGCAUUCUUUAGUAAAUACUAAGCAUGUGCAAUAUUAUUAAUUUUUCCACUUUAAACAUUGUGAAAAGUGAUUUUAAUAAUUAGAACUAGAAAACAAGGGACAGAAAAGUGUAACAAUAGUCAUGCUGUUUGUCAGUAGCUGCAGUCACAAAAACUUAGCUUGAUAAUGAAUUUUAAACAACUCUGCAGCAAGCAAUUAAACACACACAACCGCUUAUUUUCAGUAAGGUCCUUGUUACAAAUCCGUUGUCUUGCGUCCCUGUGGACUAUAUGUAAUGGACCUUCAUUGUGCUCAGUGUUUUGAACACAUCUGCAGUGACAGAGCAGGGCAGCAAAAAAGCAAAACCAAAAAAAACCCCAGUGUAUUCAGUCACUUGCUAAUCAUCACUGCUGUUAUUAUUUGUAAAGUGUUAGACCUGAUACUUCAUUGUAGGGCUUUCUUCCCCCAGAGCCGUUUUUGAUCAAAAUGUUUCAGUGGCAUCCCUAAUAAAUCUGGUUCCCUGAUGUGAAAUGUGUCCGUUAUCUAAGUCGAACCUACACUGAUUGAUUUUAUUUCACAUUAAUGAAAUGGAGUGUGAGAGAGAUUGGGGGGAAGUGGGCGUGGCUUUCAGGUAGUGUUGGGUAAUAUCAGAGGGUGUUUUCACACUUGGUCCCUUUCAGCCAUCUAACCGAACUCAGAUCGAUGACUCAGCAUUUUUUGCGCAUACUGUAUGUGAACACUCCAACCGUACCCAGACCCCUUUAAAGCGAACCGAACUGAGAUCACCUCAGGAGGUGGUCUCAGUACGGUUCGCUAAAAAUCAACAAUACGGUUCGCCUAAUCUGCACAUUGUGAACAAAAAACGCACCGGGUUCACUUCGCCUUUUUCACUGUAGUUUAACCUUCUUCGUUUACCGUAGUUGGUCACGUGACUGUAGCAGGGAAACUCAACUUCCUUUUGGAACUUACCACAGCCGCUUUACAGUUCUCUGAACUUACUGACUGACGAGUCGGCCACAAUAAUAUAACUCUAUUAUAAAUAAAUAAAUAAAUUUAUUAAAUAUAUUAAUAUAAAUAUAUAAUAUAAUAAAUUUAUUUUCCUUAAUCCGCACUAUUUUGAUCAAAGAAUACAGCAGGGCAAGCAUGGCAGCAGACAUUUUGAUUCAAGAGAAAAUUACCCAGAAUUCCAUGCACUGGGGGUCUGAGGGCUCUAGAGGACCUGGUGUGAACAGAAAGAGGACUGAGGCCCCAUCAAAGCUUAACUGGACCAGAAAGAGAACCCAGUCCUCUUUGUAAUAAAUUCACAGUGUGAACAGAAAAAGAACUGAGUUCUUUUUCUGUUGGUCCACUUUUUGGUCCACUUAAAGAGGACUGAGUCUGGUUCCUUUAAAGGGGACGAGGUGUGAAAACACCCAGAGAGUUCAGAACACCUGCACAAGUCAUUCCAGAUUGGUGUCAGUUGGCUCCUCUGCUGUUUUAUGGGGAGGAAAAAAAAACUGCUUUUUUUGGUAUAUUUUUUGCGUGAUAACUUGUACAAGCGUGGUCUGAUGUUAAAUUGUGAUGGUCCUACACAAAAUGCAGAAUGUUUGGCAGAUCUGGUCAUAUAAUAAAAACAACAAUAAUAAUGCUGCCAGACAUUAUGUGAAUUACUCUGUUGUUUAGAAAAGAAAGGUCGAACUCUGGGCCAUUUCCUAUUAAGUUUAGCUUGUUGAUGUGGGCUGAAUGAAACAAGGCUUCAGGCCAUAUUUGGGCCUCGAGUGUCUUGGAGACUCGUGACAUUUCAUUAAAGGAGCUUAAUAUUUUUCAAUGUUAAAAGUAAUCUGAAAUUGCUGUACAUGUAAUGAGGAUUGAUGAAUGAAUGAACCCUUUAUUAUCACUGUACCAGUGAAAUUGACCAUCAACCUGUCCUUACAUACAUACACAUUAACAGAGGGGGAGUAGACAGGACAGGGAGACAGGGGAAAAAAGAAAAUUACAUGAGGAUGGGGUGGGAAGGCGGGGGUGGGGGGGUGAAAGGGUUAAUAGCACAUCCAAUCUAGACAUUUAUCGUAAUAAAAUGAGGCGAUUUAUUUAUUUACUCGUGAUGCUCCGAUCACCAUUUUUGGGCCCGAUCAACGAUCACCAAAAUCAUGAUCUGCCGAUUGCCGAUCACGGCCGAUCAUAGAAUGCCAGGCGAAUCUGAAUCUUCCAUCUCUUUUAUAUAUAAUCUAGCAGUGUGUGCACAAUGUGUAGAAAUGAAACUAUGAAUUAACUGUCUUGGAAAAAAAACCCAGUAGAAAUACAGUCAAGAUCUUGAAGAACCACCAACUGCUUUUAUUUUCUUAUAUAAAAUUAGACAACUUAAGACUACUCUAGGCCAUCUUUCCCAAAUAAGGCAGAGAAACAUAAAACAAGAGGGGUCAGGAAGACCCACAUUAAACGCACAUUAGAUCAGUGGGAUGGGAUGGGAUGAAGUUACACUAAGGCAUACUUGAAAAUUGUAGCCUCUCACUGAAUACAAUUAAAUAAUUGGCAGCAAAAUGUAAACACCAAAACUGGCCACUGAAAAUUAUGGCAAACUUUUCUGCUAUCAUUAUGAAUGUCUGAUGUUGAGGAACAACCAACUGUUUAUCCAAAAAAUAAAUAAUAAUGCCAAUGCCAUCCUUCAUAAUAUUAAUAAAGAACAUAAGAAGGCCAAGCAGAUAGUUACCAACACACAUUAGAUCAACUUGGGAUGGGAUCAAUCAAUUAGUCACAUUUAGGCCCAGGCUACUUGGAAACUUAGCCUUUUUAAUAUAUUGAUUAAAUUAAAAUGUUUAAAACCAAAAUGUGCUAGGCUUACUACCACAGAGGACAAAAUCCUUUAGAUUCCAAUCAUAAAUGGCAAGUUUCUCUUGAUUACUAUGAGCAUCUUUGCAUUUUUUGAGGUGAGCCGGUUUCUUUUGUCAUCAAUAACGUUUGCAGCUGUGCUAAAUAGUCUCUCACUAUCUACACUUGUGCACGGUGAACAAAGAUAUGCUCUUGCUGCCUGUGCAAGUGCUGGGAAGCGGCCUUUAUUCACCUGCCAAGAGGCAAGUGGCUGUCCACUGCGUAGCAUUAUGGGUUCUGCUAGAUAGUGGUUGAUCUGCGAGAUGAUUGUGAUUUCUUGUUGAUUGUGUCCUGUAUCCUCCUCUACCAGCUCAGCAAACAUUGCCUGCAAAGAGCAAGCUGGUGGGCUAUUUGUUGACCCGCUGGAACUGAGUACCUCCACACUGCUUGUACUUGGCAAUUUAGUGUGGCUAUGGGCUGCCACAGUGUCCCGAAACAGAUCAUGUAAAGUUGGUUUGAGUGCCUCUGGAAAGUAUCUGUUUUUGUACCUGAAAUAGAUGUAAAAAUGAAAACAAUGUGAAAUCAGUUGUUAUGCCUUGCAGGCCACACACAUCCAUUUGUGUCAGGUUAGUUAGCAUUGAAAAAAAAUACAGUAUUUCUAAAUAUGAUAAAUUAUACAUUUAUUUAUUUUAGAUUACUGUAAGCUCAUCUCAUUCUCAUCUCAUUAUCUCUAGCCGCUUUAUCCUGUUCUCCAGGGUCACAGGCAAGCUGGAGCCUAUCCCAGCUGACUACGGGCGAAAGUCAGGGUACACCCUGGACAAGUUGCCAGGUCAUCACAGGGCUGACACAUAGACACAGACAACCAUUCGCACUCACAUUCACACCUACGGUCAAUUUAGAGUCACCAGUUAACCUAACCUGCAUGUCUUUGGACUGUGGGGGAAACCGGAGCACCCGGAGGAAACCCACGUGGACAUGGGGAGAACAUGCAAACUCCGCACAGAAAGGCCCUCGCCGGCCACAGGGCUCGAACCCGGACCUUCUUGCUGUGAGGCGACAGCGCUAACCACUACACCACCGUGCCGCCCGUACUGUAAGCUGUCCUUCAAAUAUAGGCAUAGGUAAAGCAUAAUUAGCCUAUUUAAAAGAAAGAGGUAGUAGGCCUAAGAGAUAGGUAUAGUAAGUUUCUCUUACCUUGGAUCAAGCAUUGUUGCAAUUGCAUAUAGCUUCUGUGUAUCAAUGUCAGCAAAUCGUCUUCUGACAGCUUCCAGUAGCACCGUUUUUUUUUGGGGGGGGGGCUUUUUCCACCUUUAUUGGAUAGGACAGUGUAGAGACAGGAAAUGAGCGGGAAAGAGACGGGGAGGGAUCGGGAAAUGACCUCGGGUCGGAAUCGAACCCGGGUCCCCGGAUUUAUGGUAUGGCACCUUAUCCACCUGAGCCAUGACGCCCCCCCAGUAGUACCGUUUUUGCUGUUUUCACGCCAUGGUCAGACUCCACCGUCUUCUCCAAGAGACGGGUGAGAGCUCUUAUACACGGAAUCACAUCUGCAGCUGACGCAGUUGAUGAGCUGAUCUGUUGUGUGAGCUCUUCAAACGGGGUGAGGAUGGAGAUCGUGUUUUCAAUUAAUUUCCACUGGUGGAUUGUGAACAUGCAUGGCAAUUUGUAUUCUGCUGCAUAGGAGGCGAGCGCAAGUUUUUGUUCUAACAGACUCUGGAGCAUGUACAAUGUACUGUUCCAUCGUGUGGGAACAUCCUGG